UGAGGAUUUCUUUUGCAUCUCGCAGAUCUCUUGCGUCGAUCUGAACGGUGCACAUAGGCUUAAAGACAACAUGAGCUUAGAAAAAAUGCGUGAGGGCUAGCCACCUAGCCUUGUAGGCUAACCACUAAUCACAGCUGUAUUGACCCUUGCACCGAAAUGCAAGUUGAAUGCAAAGCAUCGGCGGUCAGCACCAUGAGUAGUCAUAGAAGACAUUUCCCACAUGAUCAAGAAGCGUACUUGAGAGCGCAGCGCAUCAUCAAACAUCAUCCACAGUAUUUGGCGCAACAAACAUGGCAAUACUGUUAUAUACUACUUUUACGAUGAGGCAAGUGGACCCGAUAUGCCGCUAUUCGAGCAGGCAACACGCGCAUGGUCGUCAUCCACCUGCAUUCGGUUCGAGAAGAUCGGCUACAACAGCUGUAAUGAUCUUGUGAAAAAACCUUCCUUCUGUGUUGGUAACUUCGGCGGCUGUUGGUCAUUUGUCGGUAAAACCCACUGGGGCGGUGCGAAGACCGGAAAGGGUAAGCCUCAACGAAUAUCGGUGGCAAGUAACUGUGAGCUGGAUGCUUGCAUACAUGAGUUUGGCCACGGUCUGGGAUUUCAGCACCAGCAGAGUCGGCCAGAUAGAGAUAAAUCCAUCUCAGUCAACUGGGAGAACUUCAAAAUAACAAAUACGAAGAGCUGGGAGAAGACUUUGCGUGGUACGUGGACACAAGGGUUGCGGUGCGACAGCAAGCAAGUUAUGAAUAUUCCAACGCCAUAUGACUUCCUCUCUGUUGAACAGUAUGGAACAUUUUCGUUUGUAGACGACGACAUCCGUCCCACAUUUGUCACCAAGGACGUGAGGAGCCAAUGGAUGGUGGAUUAUCAUAGGUCGCGGGGCAUGGGACCAUCGCACUAUGAUCUGUAUAUGUUAAACUCUGCGUAUAAAUGCCUAGAUAUUUGGAAGAAAAGUUGUUCUAAAAAUGGCCAAAUCGCUCCAAAAUGUGCGAACUACGGAUUCAUAACUAAACAGUGUACAUGCAAUUGUCCUGCAGGUUUUACAGGACCUACUUGCAAGAAUUCCACCGGGCCAAGAUUUCCGUUGCUGGAGAAGGCCAAGUGCUUUCUAGAAUGGCAUUACCCGGGAAUCAUAGACCUAGCCAACAUGGACUUAGAUUUCGCUCAACGAUCUUACGCCAACAUGAAUUUUAAUUACAUGCAGUUCUGUACCAUCAUCAUCGACACGCUUAAAGCCAAGACAAGACCUAUCAUCAGGCUUGACCCAAGUGUCCUGAUGGUGCAAAGGAGAAAGCUCAUUGAGCUCCUUCAUAGAAACGAGUUUGUGACCCACGUUCUUCCUCAACUAUACAUUUUUGACUGCAGAUUAUUCUUUAAGCUGUUCUGGACCAGCGACAGCAGCAACCGCUUACGCACCGAAUGCUUCUCGUCCAUAUUUAAUGUCGGUACCAAAGUUACAAAACGUAAAAUGCUCUCCUUGCGUUCCAAAACUCGAGCGCUAUCCAUGUACCUGAAUGUUGUAUACAAAUGGUCUCAGCCUUCUAUCGAUUUCCUUGAAGCGGCCAUAAAGCUGAAGCUGCAGGUCGUGUUUACGGAUGUCCCACAGAAGAUUCUGCGCGUGGGCAGGACGUACAUAGAGGGUCCGCCAUCAUCCGAGGGCCCAACGUACCUGCCACCGACCAUUCCGAUCGAGCUUCGCUUGGAAACCACGACACCCAACAUCUUUGGCCUACCGGUACCGAUGAUGUUUCGUGGCGAUGAGAAUCCGCGACUGUCUUUUAUAGGCUGGACAAUGAUUGCAAUCGGCAUCCUGAUCUUUGCCUUCUUAUUCGGCGUGUGUGUCAGCGAGCAGCUUCAUGUGAAGGAGCUGCUCAAGGCGGCAGACCGGCGGGCGGCGCUCAACGAGAGCCUGCUGUCGUCCGGCUGGGUCAAGCUCAGGGGUGUCGACGUGGACGACGAGGUCAGGAAAGAGAGAGAAGAGCGGAGAGCCAGAUCCAACUGGCUCGUGCGGUUGUUUGGACUGGAUGAUACCAGUUCGGACAGCUCUGACUCGGAGGACGGGGAGACGAAACGUGAGCUGGCGAAGGAGCAGGCUCAGAGAGACAGAGAGGAUGCCAGCAGCGACACUGACUCAGAGGACGAGGCAAAAAGAAAAUGGAGGUCGACAAAAAGAAAAGAGGAAAGUGACACAGAAAAGCCAGACGGCUCGAAUAACGAGAGGAAAUACAGAAUUAACAUUUUCAAACGAAACAAGGAGGAACAUGAAAAGGAAAAAAGGAGCUUUUGGGGGCGAAAAAAGGCAGAAGAACCGGUUCCAAAGAGAAGGAAGAGCCUCUUUCCGACACCACUCGCUGGUGUUCACCAAAAUGAAAAGACCCAAAGCGACAAGCGUGGGAAACGAAAAGAAGAAAGCGAGGCGGAAUCAUCCGAUGCAUCGGACGGAUCGAAUGACGAGAGAAAGCGCAGAAGGGGCAUUUUCAAACGAGACAACGAGGAAAGUAAAGAAGAAAAGAGAAGCUUUUGGGGUCGGCAAAGGCCAGAGGAGCCGGCUCCAAAGAGAAGGAAGAGCCUCUUUCCGACACCACUCGCUGGCGUUCACCAAAAUGAAAAGACCCAAAGCGACAAGCGUGGGAAACGAAAAGAAGAAAGCGAGGCGGAAUCAUCCGAUGCAUCGGACGGAUCAGAUGACGAGAGAAAGCACAGAAGGAGCAUUUUCAAACGAGACAACAAGGAAAGUAAAGAGGAAAAGAGAAGCUUUUGGGGUCGGAAAAGGCCAGAGGAGCCGGGUCCAAAGAGAAGGAAGAGCAUUUUUCCGGUGUCAUACGCUGGUGUUCACCAAGGUGAAAUGUCCCAAAACGACAAGCGUGGGAAACAAAAGGAAGAAAAUGAGCCGGAAUCAUCCGACGAUUCAAAUAGUGAGACGAAGCAAAAAAGAUUUUGGAGACGAAAAACGUCGGAUGAGGAACUUUCAUAGAGAAGGAAGAGCAUAUUUGCAGCGGCCGUUGCUAGCGCCCACUAAGAUAAUGUGUGAUACCGUGGAAGAAAGCGAACAAAGAAAGUUUUUUGGGACAAAAAUGUCUCUGACUUUUCAAACAAAACGAAGGCUAGUGCGAAAGGUAGCGGCAAACCUAGGCUAUGCCUUUGAACAUGUGUUUAAGAUACGUCAGCCUGAAGCCCAUGUACGGCGCAGGCGAACCGUGCGCAGCAUCCUUGAAAUAUGUGAUAUCAUUGGGAAGGGCUAGACGGACAGCAUAGGAAAUGUGCUCAUAGCAGAUGUGGUGAACGUCUGUUGUCGGACCAAUCGCAUCCCGCAAUGAUGCGCAACACGCUUUUCCCUAUGUGAUCCGACUCGAUUGUUUUGUGUAUAUAUAUGAACUUAGUGAGCUGCCUUGUUUAACAUGGCAUACACCUUGUGCCAUAGAUAAACGAUCCAGCAUGCGUUGGCGCUGUGCACACCAAUCACAAAGUCAUCCACGGCUGUUUUACUGGCUUGCAGCUGAUGAUUUAGACACCAAA